GCGCAAUCACACAUCAUCAACGUUGGUCCUCCCACCCACUUCCCACUUUAGCCCUAUCAAAAACUGGCCAGACCAUACUAUUUCCAAUCGCCCUUCCCAGUCGUCCUGAUACGACUGAGCUCAUCACUCUGUCCUACUGAUCUCCCGUCUGUCAGAUAAACCGAACCAUGGCGGCGAUAUCGACGGCACAGGCGAAAGCUCUCGCUUUCCCGCUCGUCGACACCUCCAGAACCGCCGCAUCCGCCGCGCGGCCUGUGGUGUGCCUAACUGCGGGCGGUUCCCGGCGCAGACCAGCCAACCUUAGCUCACGAAAGUCAACACCCGCUCUCCUCGGCGGAUCUAAAACCCCUAUCUCGGCGCACAGAUCUGCCUCGUCCUCGGACUCUUUUCGACCACAAGCAGCUACUGGUGGCAUCGACGGAUCGAACAAUGGCGGCAGCAGCGGCGGCGGGGGCGGCGGUGGCGGCGGCGGCGGUGGCGGCAGUGGGGACAGCAGCAGCAGCAGCGGAAGCGGUGGAGGGUUUAACCCGUUUGCGGCUUUUCUCAAAGGAUGGAACGAUCGCGUCGCCGCCGAUCCGGGGUUCGCGUUUAAAGUCGGCGCGGAGAUGAUCAUCGGCGUGACGGCGUGCGUGCUGGGCGACAUGGCGGCGCGUCCUAACUUCGGCAUGAACGAGCUCGACUUCGUCUUCUCCACACUCGUUGUCGGAUCCAUCCUUAACUUCACGCUCAUGUUCCUCCUCGCCCCCACCUCCGCCGCCGGCGCCGCCGCCACCCUGCCCGGGAUCUUCGCGUCCAGCCCGACAGGUCACAUGUUCGAGGCCGGAAAGUACUCCCUGGUCCAGCGCGCCGGCACCUUCGCGUACAAGGGGAUCCAGUUCGGUGCGGUAGGGUUCGUGGCGGGGCUCUUCGGUACGGCGAUCUCCAACGGUCUGCUCGCGAUCCGCAAGAAGCUCGAUCCGAGCUUCGUGGUGAUGAACGAAGCGCCUCCGACGGUUCUUAACGCUGCCACGUGGGCGCUGCACCUGGGUCUUAGCAGCAACUUGCGGUAUCAGAGCCUGAACGGGCUCGAGAUGGCGCUCGGCGCGCGGCUGCCGCCCGGCGCGUUCAAGGCGGUCGUUUUCGCGCUCCGAGGAAUCAACAACGUGAUCGGCGGCACGUCCUUUGUCGCGCUGGCGAAGCUGACCGGAUCGCAGAAAUCGGGCACCGCCGCCGCCGCCGCCGCGGCCGGGGACGCUGACGCGGAGAAGAAGGCCGUGUAGACGGGCCCAGCGCGGUGAGGUCGAUCGGCGUUGCUGCGUCUUCCGGGUGACGGGUAUGGGGCAUGUAGAUCUACCGAGUGUGAGGAGAGAGCAGGGCGAGAUAUGGGGAGGGAGAGAUAAAAUGUGAGGUUGGAGGCUUGCAGAUUAACCGUUUUUUAGCACGAGGUGUGAGGAGGAAGCGGUUGGAGGGGAGGAAAGCGGAACGAUUGGUGUAGAUUGUGGAACACGGGUUUCUGCCUUCUAGGAUCAUAAGGGCGUAGAUCGUGGUUUUUGUCUGGGGCUUUAGGGGGGUUUAGGAGUGCGUAAGCGCGCGGCAAGCGAACGCCCUCGUUUCCUUGUAGCCCUUAAUUGCACUUUGGAAGCAUUGGCUUUUACGUGUGGCUUUUACGAAGCGAA